GAUUGUAGUAAUUCUAUCGUUUGUACCGGCUUUGCGCCCAUUUCUACCGAUCCCAAAACGUUUUUUUAUUUUACCAUUUAUUUUGUAAUAAAUAAAUAAAAAUCUAAUACAAGUAGUGACCUCUGUCUGCCACCGGAUUGGUCCAUAAUCCAAAUGAUUUUUUUUUUGGGAAACGAACUUUCACGCAUAUUUUCGAAACGUUGAAGAAUCAAAUAGAGGUUAGCAAAAUCUUCGAAAAUGGUAACAGAGAAUCAGGAAGACACCACAGGACUGGAGUCCGAGUCGAUCCCAGUGCCUCGAGUCCACGAUCCAUCGCCAGCCGACGUUCUCCCGACCCAAGGCACUCGCUCCAAGCCUCGUCAUCGAAAGAAAGCCCUGCACUCAGCCAUCCUCAAGCAAAUGGAGUUCUACUUCGGUGAUGCGAAUCUGAGUAAAGACAGAUUCCUCAGCAAUAUGAUUCAGAUGGAUCCUUGGGUCGACCUGAAGGUCUUCCUUCAGUUCAACAAGAUCAGGGCACUCACCCAGGACACUGCGAGAAUAUCAAAGGCCUUGAAGACCUCGACUCUACUAGAACUCUCCGAGGACGGGGAGAAGGUUCGUCGAGUGACUCCAGUCACCCCAAGAGUUGACUGUGAAGCCUGCUCUGUCUAUGUUCAGGGUCUACCUCCAGAUGCCAAUCAUGACUGGCUGAUCAGCAUCUUCUCACGAUACGGGCCAAUAGCCUACGUCUCUGUCCCCAAGUACAAGACGAAUAAAAAAAUCAAGGGAUUCGCUUUCGUGGAAUUCGAGACGGUCGAGGGAGCCCAGGAGUGCCUGAAAGCCUUCGAGGACAAGGACUGUACACUUCCCCCUCACACAUCCCCUCAGGAACUCCUGAGUAUAACGACAUUCUCCGAGGACGACCCACCGAGUGGAAUGGACACAGCGACCCUCGGCUCCAAGCCCAUUCCCCAGGACGUUCAGACAUCGAAGAGAAAGCUGGAGGCCCCUGAGCAAGACUCUCCAUCGAAGACAAAACGAUUGAAGAGCGACGACAAAAAGAACGACGUCGAGGAGAACGGGAAGGGGGACGAGGUCGAGGACGUGGAGAACGACGAGGAGAACGAGACCGAUGGGAUGAAAAAAAAGAAGAGGAAGAGGAAGCGCAGGACCAGAACUGAACAACCUGACGUCGUUGACUUUGGGCUCAGGAUAAUGGCGAAGAAGGACUGGAAGAAGCUGAGGAACAAAUACCUCGAGCUCCAGAGAGAGAAGAUGAAGCAGCUGAAGCAGCACCUGAGGAAGACCCGAUGGAUCCACCCCUCGUCGUACGACAGGAAGGACAGAAUGGAAACCGAAGAGGCAGCUGCUGAAGAGAAUGUCAGGAGUGUCUCGUCAAAUCCUAAAUUCACUUUCUCCGAGGGGCUGAUUGUGAAGAUCGACUUGGACGAGCCCUGCAACAACCCCAAGGGCUUCAAACUCGGCUUCAGGAACGAGCCCAGUGUCAAGUACAUCGACGUCAGGGAGAGCUCCAACGUCGCUUACAUCAGAUGCAGCGAUCAGGAGGGGGCGAAGAAUUUUGUGGAGAAGUACGCGGAGGAGAAAGCUCUGAGUGUAUUGAGUGGAGAGGAGGAGAAGAAAUAUUGGGAGAAAAUGGCCAGCGAUAGGGAGGAGAAGCUGGGGAAGAAGGACCGGACGAAACAACGGGGGAGGGACAAGCUCCUGAAGAAGGCGGAGAAAGAACUGGGGAAACAUAUCAAGUUUGAUGAAGUUUAAAUGAUUGUAAUUGGGGGAUUAGGAUUGAUAAGAGAAUUUUGGGGGUAUGAUUACGUAUAUGUUGUCUGAGUUAUUAAAAUUUGAUCCGAGAUGAGUAGAGUAAUUAGAGACUUCUAUUUUUUUUAGUUUUGAAGAGAAGAGAAAAAGAACUUUUUCAGGAGAAAUAAAAUUGUGGCGAACUAAUUUUUGUAGAAUAAUAAUUAUAAAAUAAAUAAAGAACAUUGGCGCUAUAAAUAUAUGAAAAUUGAAAAGAUAA